AUGAAUACAGAACAAAAACCUGUGGAAAUUACUGAAACUUAUAAGCACGAAGUAGAACAAAAUGGAACAAAGAUAACUGAAAUUAAAAUUUUGAAAUCAAAAUCCAAUGACAAUUCAUUGUUAGAUCAUAUCAAACCUUUAAAAAUGUCAAACCAAAAAUGA